AUGAAGCAGCUGGUCUCCGACGCGGUAGAUAGCAACGCCCUCAGCGGUGUCUUCGCGACGGCCGCGUCGGCAGCACCAGCUGCCAUCGAGGCAGCCAUCCACCGGAAGGCCGAAGAGACCCGCCGGGCGGAAACCAAGUACUCCACCUGGCCCCAGUUCCUCGCCUCUUUCGUCGUGAACCUGAACACGUUCGCGUACGGAGCAGGCGUGGGCUGGACGGCGAUGGCGCUGCCGCAGCUGCAGUCCGCCGAGGCGGGGCUGCGCGACCCGCCGCUGACGACGGACGAGGUCUCCUGGGUGUCGUCGCUGCAGCCCAUCGCGGCGCUCGUCUUCACCCCUCUCUACUGCGGCCUGACGGCGCGCAUCGGCCGCAAGGCGCUCGGCUACCUCACCAUCGCGCCACUGAUGCUCACCUGGAUACUCAAGAUAGCCUCCUCCUCCACCGUCGUCCUGUAUGUCGCCAGGGUGGUGGCCGGGGCGAACGCGGCCGGGUCGCUGGUGCUGCCCUCUAUCUACGUGAGCGAGAUCGCCAGUGACGACGUGCGCGGCGCGCUGGGCAGCUUCCUGGCGCUCGCCGGCAACUCGGGUAUCCUCUUCGCUUACAUCGUAGGCGCUUACCUCACUUACGACGUCGUCCUCUACGUCUGUCUCCUCCUAGUGGCACUCUACGUCGUCACCUACUUCUUCAUGCCAGAGACUCCGUUCUGGUUAAUGAGUGCUCGGAAGUACGAAGACGCCAAGAAGUCCCUCCGCUGGCUGCGCCGCGGGAUAACGGAGGACCAGCUGGAGCUCGAGAUGGCCCGGCUGGAGGCGUCGCUGGGCAGGGAUAGCAGCAGCGGCGGCGGCGGGGGCGGCGCAGCCCAUGGGGCGGCGGUGGGCGGCCGACUGUGCUCCGCCGUCAGCCUGGUCGGCAUCUCGCUCGUCAUCGUGGUCGCCAUCAACCAGCAGAUGGGCGGCCUCUUCGCCGUUGUCAACUACGCCGUCUUCAUCUUCCAGGCGUCCGGCAGCUCUCUAUCGCCAGAGCUCGCGGCCAUCGUCAUAGGUCUGCUACAGGUGGCUGGUGGUGUUGCAUCUGCGCCGCUCAUGGACCGAUUGGGACGUCGCGUCAUCUUGCUACUUUCCAACGUGUGCGUCGGGGUCUCGGUGACGGUGCUGGGCGUGUACUUCUACCUCAGGACGGAGACCGACGUAGACGUCUCGCUGAUAGGCUGGCUGCCCGUCACGUGCCUCUCCGUCUACCUGCUGAUGAUGGCGUUCGGCCUGGGCCCGAUGCCGUACAUACUGCUGUCGGAGAUCGUCGCUCCUCGCGUCAGAGGUGUGGCGUCCGUCCUGGCUUUCAGCGCCAUCUGGGGGUCAGCGGCGCUCAUGACCAAGCUCUACCCAUUCAUGUCGGAGGCCAUGGGCGUCCACGGCACCUUCUGGUUCUUCGCGGCUAUCUGCCUCGCGUGUUCCAUCAUCGGGCUUUCAACGCUGCCCGAGACGAAAGGACGACCGCUGGAGGAUAUUCUGAGGGAUCUCAAAGGUGGCAAGGAAACUGUAGACACAGUCUCGUAGUUAUGAUUAUGUUCGGUACAGAACCUUCAUACGCGUAAAAAAAA